ACCACUUCACCUGCAUCGUGAAGGUACUUUUUACCCUGUUGUAUACUCAAGCUCUUGUGGCACUUUCAGUUAAAUGCAGUGAGGAAGACAGGUCAGCCUGGAAACAUGUGGGAGCUCUCAAAAAGAAUGCAUGUGAUGCAGAAAAGUCUUAUGAAAUAUUAUUAAGCUUUGUGAUAAGUGAACUAUCUAAAGGAAAGUUGUACCAUGAAGAAGGAACUCAGGAUUGUGCAAUGGUUAGCCCUAUUGCUUGGUCUCCUGAAUCCAUGGAAAAAUACUUACAGGACUUCUGCUUACCUUUCCUCAGAAUCACAAGCCUUCUUCAGCACCACCUUUUUGGGGAAGAUUUACCUAGCUGCCAGGAAGAAGAAGAGUUUUCCGUUCUUGCCAGCUGCCUGGGACUGCUGCCAGCAUUUUACCAAACAGAGCAUCCGUUCAUCAGUGCCUCCUGCCUGGAUUGGCCAGUUCCAGCGUUUGAUAUUAUAACUCAGUGGUGUUUUGAGAUAAAGUCAUUUACUGAAAGACAUGCAGAACAAGGAAAGGCCUUGCUUGUCCAAGAGUCAAGAUGGAAAUUACCACACUUACUACAGUUGCCUGAGAAUUAUAACACCAUUUUUCAGUACUACCACAGAAAAACCUGUAGUGUCUGCACCAAGGUUCCUAAAGAUCCUGCUGUUUGCCUUGUUUGUGGUACUUUUGUAUGUCUGAAAGGACUUUGCUGCAAGCAACAAAGUUACUGUGAAUGUGUAUUGCAUUCUCAGAACUGUGGUGCUGGAACAGGGAUUUUCCUUUUGAUCAAUGCAUCGGUGAUUAUCAUCAUUCGAGGCCACCGCUUCUGCCUCUGGGGUUCCGUGUAUUUGGAUGCUCACGGAGAGGAAGAUCGGGAUCUUAGGCGGGGCAAACCUCUCUACAUUUGUAAGGAAAGAUACAAAGUUCUUGAGCAACAGUGGAUUUCUCAUACUUUUGAUCACAUCAAUAAAAGAUGGGGUCCGCAUUACAAUGGGCUGUGACUCGCCACCUCAGCAUUGUAUAAUAUUAUCAUUUUCAUUAAGAAUUUAUUUUAUCAACAAUAAGCUUUAACUUAAUUUGGGGGUUAAUGCUUUUGCUGAGGAAAAACAAGAAAACAUACAUUAUGAAGAAGCCUUUCCAAAAUUAGGUGCUUGGUAAUUGCAUUAAUGGUAUAAUAAAUUUUUUUAAAAAACGUAUCUGAAGAACACAACAAAUGACAAAUUAUUAUUUAGCAGUCAUUUUUUUAAGUGCACAAUUAAUAAGAAGCACAACGUAUUCACAAAAUCAUUCAGAAAUGAUUCUCCCAACAAUGCAUAUCAUUGAUACUAGAGUGGGUAUGAUUUAUUUGAAAUUAUUUGGCUUCUGUGUGUGUUUUAAUUUGCAUCUGCUAAACAUAAUGCAUCUAUUUCUUCUGCCAUUCUUGUGUUGAUUUGAGAUUAUGCUGUGUAUAAUUAGAAAAAAAUGUAAAACAUGAUUUAUGUGAAAUAUUGUAUAGUAAAAGUUGGUCUAAUAGUAGAACUUAAAAAUUUUUCUUAUUGUGAGGAAUCUGUUAAAAGUUUAAAGCCUUGCUGAAAACUUAAUUCAUUCUCAGGAAUUUCAUAAAUAUGCUCCCCAGGUAAAUAGUUGAAAUAGCUGUAAAAUAAGUAAAUAGCUGCUAUUAAUAUAAUACAGUACAUUUUGGGGGGCAUAUGUGUGGUUGAGGGGUCCUUAAAAAUCAAAGUUUGCCAUUUCAGUUGGAGAAAUUACUAGAAGUAGUAGCAAAUAGAUUUUACUAUGUAAUCAAAAGGUUUAAGAACAUAUGCAUGGCAGAUUUUGAUUCUGUGCAUGCCCACCUUUUAUUACCAACCACGUUUUUGUUUAUAUGAUUGGAUUCGAAAUGCUCAGACUUCCCCACAAAUGAACCAUAAGUUUUGGAACUUUCUUACCAACUCAAAAGGUUCAACUGUAUUGUAUUUGUGCAGUGUAAUCACUGCUCUUUCUGCUUGGUUUUCUAAAAGAAAAGAAAGCCUCAGUGGUGAUGACUCUUGUGAAUGAGCAGUGCAUUUGCAUUCUUCUUAGAAACUGCUAUGAAAAGCAAUUUUUGUUUGUAGGGUUUUUAAUAAAAAUGGGAAUGAUUGAGCUAAACCCCACUCUAUAAGUAGGGAAGGAAGAUUACAGAAAAUCAUUUUAUAUAUUACUACCAAGAUUUUUUCCCCAAAUGAUUCAGUAAUUUGAUGAUUAUUUCAUAUAUAGAGCUAUCAAGCAACACCUGGUACUUUGGACUUCCAUGGCUUAUUACCAAAAUUACAUUUUUACAUGUAACAAUAAGCUAAAAACCAUCUAAUGAUGAAAUAGAAAAAUAAUGUCAGAUCCGUGUUCUAAAAGUUUUUUGAAUAUAUGACAUUACAGAUUAUGAAAGUGGACAUUAAAUGAUGGUCUUGCAUUAAAAUAGGGAAAGCAGAACAGUACAUAUUCUAAUGUGUUCAAAAAGUAAAUAAAAAUUACCUAUAGUUCUACAAUAAAAUACAUGGAAAUAGCUUGCUAUUUUUAUAUACAUUUCCAAAAUAUUAAGAUAACUUUCUGUAAGACUAAAAUGGUUCUGUUUGACUAAAUAGUUGUUCUUUCCAAUACAUUGCUACUUUUUAAAAUACUGUAUCAUAAGUUUGGCCUAUCAUGUUUUUUGCAUUGGUCAUUAUGAAUACCAGACCAUUUGUAAGUGUGGUUGAAGAGCAAAAUUUUAAUUUACAUCUCUAGAAAAUAUUGUUACAGGAUUCAUGAACUUGAAUAAUUCUACAGUUUGAAACUCUGAUGAUAUAUAUACAUGGUAUAAUGUAUUCAGACUUUGAUUACUACAUAUUUAAAGUGGAAUGUUUUAUGGUUGUGCAUAUGGAUGUGAAGUGAAAAUAUUAGCCUUAACUUUAAAAUUUGGGUAUUUGAUAGUGUUUAUUUUGGUAUUGGUGAAUUAGUCACCAGUAAAUUUUAAAAAAGCACUUGGUUGAAAAUUGUACUUGAAUACAUACAUGCAUGCUGCUAAACUAGAACUUUAAUUUUUUCCCCAUAACUUUUUAAAGUCCCAUUUAUAAACCCACUUUUAAAAAAACAGGUCCAAGUUAGAGUGAUGUGUGUAUAUUAUUCAAAAAAAAAUGUACUGGUGUGAUAUCUUGUAUGAAUGAUCCUUUAUAUACAGUACAUUACUGUAGAAGCUAAAUCAAUCUUUAUAAUUAAGCAGAAAUUACAAAACCAGGAAUAAUCAACAUUGUAAGAUAUGUUAAUAAAAACCUACUGUCAUUUGGUUUGUGAAAGGUCCUUAAAA